CACAUUCCCCAUUUCUUCACCUUCUCCCACAAGCUAUACAAAUCCAAGAAAAAAAAAAACCAUAUUUGUUCUUGAAUAUUGCUCAAAACUUUCUUUUUUCCUGAUGAUGAUUCCUUCCAUGUGAAGCCAGUGCCAGUCUGCAUUGAUUUUACCUCUCUCUCUCUCUGCAACUUUUGAUGCUGCCUCCAUUAAAGCUUCACGGAAAAGCACUUUCACAAACCCUUUAUAAACCCCCCUGCUUCUGCAUUGCAUUUGAGUUUGACUAACAGUAACAUCCCAAAAUGAUGUGCUUGUUGAGGAAUCCGUGUGCCCAUGGUUUCCUCUUUUUGACCCAUUUGAUUUUCGCGCAUGCAAUGCUGGACCCAAUUGCCAGGAUCCAACUAUUUUGCUUCCUGGGAUUUCACUUCCGACCCCUGUAAUUUUGCCGGUGUUUACUGUGAUGGAAAUAAAGUGAUCGCCCUCAAUCUCGGCGAUCCACGCGCCGGGGCGCCCGGUCUCACAGGGAGGCUCGACCCCGCCAUCGGUAAACUCUCCGCUCUAGCUGAGUUAACCGUUGUUCCUGGUCGGGUCAUGGGGUCUUUGCCCCACACAUUGUCUCAGUUGAAGUACUUGCGGUUUUUAGCUAUCAGCCGAAACUUUAUCUCCGGAGAAAUUCCGGCGGGCUUAGGUCAGCUCCGGGGCCUACAAACUCUUGAUCUUAGCUUCAACCAACUAAGUGGAAGUAUCCCAUUUUCCAUCGGAACUCUGCCCGCCUUGUCCAACGUCAUUUUCUGCCACAAUCGGCUCUCCGGCUCAAUCCCGCCGUUCGUUUCUCAGUCCCUAACUCGGCUUGAUUUAAAGCACAACGAUCUCUCCGGUUCUCUUUCCCCACAUGGACUUCCAUCCUCCCUCCAGUACCUCUCAUUGUCAUGGAACCGGCUCAGCGGCACAGUUGACAGGGUACUGUCCCGCUUAAACCGGCUAAACUACAUAGACCUGAGUAUGAACCAGUUCACAGGCUGUAUCCCGGUGAAUUUGUUCAGUUUCCCAAUCAGUAACCUCCAACUGCAGAGAAACCAGUUCUACGGUCCGGUCCAACCAGUGGAUCAAGUGAAAAUCGAGACGGUGGAUCUCAGCUUCAACCGGCUGUCAGGCGAAAUAUCCCCAAUGUUCUCGACGGUCCAGAACCUGUAUCUGAAUAACAACCGGUUCACAGGCGAGGUACCGCGUAGCUUCGUGGAGCGGUUGUUGUCUGCGAGCAUACAGAUACUGUAUCUACAGCAUAAUUAUCUAACCGGGAUGGAGAUAACUCCGAGGGUGGAGAUUCCAGUGAGCAGCUCCUUGUGCCUACAGUAUAACUGUAUGGUCCUGCCCGUACAGACGCCCUGCCCUCUCAAGGCUGGCAAGCAGAAAACCAGGCCUACUGCACAAUGCGCACAGUGGAAAGGGUAAGAUGAGGAAUUCACACUCUGUUUCUGAUGAUGCCACAUGGGAUUUGAGAAUUCUUGGAGUCAAAUAAUUUUGCUGGGGUUAUCAAAAAUGGAAAAAAGGAAAAAAAAAAUUAAUUUAAGAUGCUUAUUUUUGGGGUGGUAAUGUGAUGGGAAAUUCUUACUCGGAUAUCGUUUGAUCAGUUAUAUGUCAAUUAUAAUACACUUAUCGUGUGAUUAACGUACAGUGGGAAGUGAUUAAUCACAUGAUAGUUGUAUUUCGUUUGUUAUGUGAAUAGUUUGAUUCGGACAAAUUUUGUCUGGGUAAGAAUUUUUCAUGUUAGGUGAUGAGUAAAAUUUCAACUGUGGAUAAAUGAAUCAAACACGGAGUCUAGUAAUGAGCGAGCUGCGAUUUAUGGUUGCAAAAAUCCUUUUUGUAAUUAGUACACUCUCAAAUUCUCAAUAGAUUUAUUUAAUUA